AUGAUUGAGUUCACUUCCAAGACUUGCUCGGACCCGCUUAAGCAGCUCAAUGAAUUUUUCAGUUUCGUGAAGGGGUCGCUUCAGCUGGAUGCUUCCGUUUUCCAAUUAGAAAAGAAGAUUCGAAGGUUGAAGAAGAAGUUUAUCAACAAUGUAGAAAAGGGGAAGAAACAUAAACCUCACGAGCAUAGGUUAUUUGAAUUAUCUAAAAAUAUUUGGGCCAGUGAAGUUGCCGAAAAGGAAGAUAGUAAUAGUAACUCUGCCACUUCUUCACAGAUUUCAAAACCUGAAACAAAUGUGGUUUUCAAUGAAAUGAUUAGGUUUAUAAACAAUGGUAGUAUGUUGAAUGAGAAUGUGAUAAGGGGGAGACUAGAAUUAGUGGGAGAAUCAAAGAGGGAAGAGUUGGAGGUGGGGUGGAGUGCAUUGCUAGCUAAAAAGUUAGAAUUGUUUGCGAAACGUGCACGACUGAUAAAGGAUCAAACUAGGUUGAUGUUGGAGGCGCACAAGUCAUCAAACCAUUAG